AUGGAGGAUUUCGCGAGACUGAACGAUAAUUCCAGUAUUGAUGUUGACGACAGCAUCAAAAAGCUGGCAAUGAUGGGGUUCACAGAUGAGGAGGAUGUGCGGAACGCGUUGGAAACUACUAACUACGACGUGAAUGAGGCGAUUUCGCUCUUGAUGUACAAAUACAUGGGGGAACUCAGUGGUAAAUCCGAAGAAAAACAGCAGGUUGUAUCCGAAUCCGUUACCGCUUCGGAGCCGCCCAGUGCUAGUGAAAAAUGUGUUUCCACGUCAGACCUUCCGGACCCCGUAGAGGGCAUGAUUUUGGGACAUGACUUAAAUACGGAGUUUUCAAGUGCUGAGUUCAAUCAUCUUAGGGCACGUGUUUUUACCGAUCAGUGGGAUAUCCCGUGUCUACGAAGUCAACCUUUGGGAAAGUGCCUGUUGGGCGCCAUACACUUGUUGCGGGAAAAUGGCAUGCGGGCCUUAGAUAUGGAUCCGGAGUGUCGAGAGUUUGCAUUCAAUUGUUUACCAGAAUGCAUCACCAAGAUGAUGACUUCAUUACUCUCCCCGUUAGCUAGCUGUGCUGACUAUCUGACGGAGUUCACGUUUUGCCACGAGUUUGGUCUGGUUGUGCUUCAAAGAGUUUUAUGGCGUUUGUCUAAUUUGAAUGAAGAUGACUUCAAGGACCGGGAUUCACGUAUUUUCGAUGUGGUUACAUUUCUUCGUGUCCUCACGUAUCGUUUGGUGGAUUUAAAUAUCGCCCACUUGCUGGCUCCGUUUCUCGUUCCUCACGAUGAAUCGGACGAUUAUCAUUGCGCUCUAACAAUACGAGAGCCAGACUGGGAAGGAAUGAGCUCGGUCUCUUCAUCUGUCAGUGAUGGCUCCGAGCCAGGUCAAUCCACCCUGUUAUCAGCCUCCGUGACUAUACAAGAAAUCGAUCGGUUGCAUUGCACCUUAUUACUUGCUGCUUUAUCCCCACCGCGUGGGGCCGCUGGAGCUAGUUUUAAUGGGCGCAUGCUGGCAUUGCGCAAUUUGGUGGAACAAUUGGAAGCUGCAAAACUUGUCGCAGAAGCAACCAGUAACUACCAAUCACGGAACGAAAAUAUGAUGGCUACACCGAUGCGUCGUCGUCCUGUGGUCCACCAGUUCUCCUCGGCUAAUUUGUUAGCUUCUGAAAAUGCAGCAUUUUUGGCGCGGCGGGCCAAACGACGGGCAAUACGUUUAGACUACCUGAUGUCAUGGUUGCGGGACCGUGAAGUGAUUUUAAAGUCCAUGCACAAUUUAGACAAUACGGCUUACAUGACUACUUUGGGUCAGCUUUUCCGACUAUUGGGUGAACGUCUUACCACAGCCGAUCUUUCAACUGUCUGGCACCGAACUACCAAUCAGACUGGGGCUGCGAGUUGGGCCAAUUUAAAUCGACAAGCUCAGGCCAUCUUAUCCUCUCGCAAGCACACGGAAAGUCCUGGUGAGAAGGAUCGGACCAGAUCGGGAAGUUUGAUUGGCAUGUGUCUGGGUGACGAACCAUCAAAUGUACGACACGCUCGAGCUCGUCUAUUGAAUUUGGUCGGGCGUAUUGGGACAGCAACCAAGGAGUCGUGGAAGGCUGACAUGUGUGUUGAGCUGUUGUGGCGUAUUGCUCUUGGAUCUUCCGCAAACUAUCCGGGUACAUUGUCAACGGAAUCAAACGCUACUACUGAAACCGGAUCGCAUACCUCACAUUCCUCGCCAAGGACUUCAGUAAACGCUCCCAUGCCAUGUAACUACAGGCAUCCCGAACCGAUCGAAGCAGCUUUAGCUCAACAGCUGGUUAUAUUGAAAGAAUUCCGGUGUUCUGGAGUGGAUCAACGUAUUCGUGCAAUGCGUUGGCUCACUGAAGCCAUGACACACGUGAGCAAGAAUUCGUUGACAUUUUUCAUGUUGGCUUACGUGAAGUCGUUGGUGGAACUUAUUCUGAAAAACUUUGUUGGACGUGCGAAGAGAGAUAAUUUGAAUGAGCUAAUUCGUUCGCAUGAUCUGAUUACUCAAGUCGUUGCCUCGCUUUUGCGAUAUGAACAAUGGGCUAUUCAACUUCAUGGUGAUCUCCUCAGUGCUGAUAGUCAAGACGAACUUGGGUUUCGACACAGCGAGGUGGUAAAGCGUCAUUUUGAGCUGUUGCAUUUUCUGCUCAAAAAUGCAGAGCUGACGUUAAAUGUGGAACGGGCCAAAGCGCUGUGGGAGAAUCUAAUUGGGCAUCCCAGGGCGGCUGCUUAUGAUCGAGAGCAAUGCUUCGCCUGGUUUACUGCCAGUAUGAGCCACCUGGAACCGGAAGCUCAAACUACACUUUUUACCAAACAAAUACUCAAAUCGAACCCGGCUCUGUUUCGAUCCUACGCGGGUUUUGAAUGCUUCAAAGCUUUUUUUGAAAAGGUCAAUCUUCAUGAAGGUCGUAUGAAACAGGUGUCCAAAAUGUGGGUUUCAAACGUUUGUCUCAAGAAUUUCUUUACUUAUUCGUUUACUUGUCAAAAAAUAAACAUUGAGCAGCACGUGGACAAACCGGACCUAAUUGGAUUAGAUUUUCUGUGGGAUCUGUAUCUGGCUCUGCCUUCGCUUGAUGCAAGCUUAGACGGUAUUCACAUGAACACUGCCCAAUUUGACGAUACAAUGCAACCGGAGCAUACUCGCAAAGUGAGCUCGGCAGUCGAUUCAGUAGUUCCGUCCGUACACACGAGCAGACAGACCACUCCAAAGAAUAGUGACACCUCUGCACCGACCAUCAGUAGUCCUGCGAUGGAAUCAAAUGCAGUGAAGUUGGCGCGCCAGCUCCUAUUGGAUGUUCACUGGGGUCAGCUUGCACCAAAGCUUCGCCGCGACUCUGAUGCAUGCUACAAGCGUUUCUUCGAUGCCUGUCGACGCCGACUUGAGGUAAGACAAUGUUUGUGCAAUUUGAUCGAGAUCCUCUGA